AUGGGGCGAUUCAUCUUUGUGAUCCUCGGUUUGCAGGUUGUGGCCCUCUGUCUAAGUGGAGCCAAAGGCGGCUGUUGUCCACGUGACUGGCUCCCCAUGAAUGGGUUGUGCUACAAGGUUUUUGAGGAACAAAAGAACUGGACCAGUGCAGAGAUGUUCUGCAGGAAACACAAGCCAGGCUGCCACCUCGCCUCCAUCCAUAGCAUGGCACAAUCAGCUGACUUGGCUGAGUAUAUCUCUGACUAUCUCACAAGGAAAACCCAUGUCUGGAUUGGACUGAAUGACCCACGGAAACAACGCAUCUGGGAGUGGUCAGACCGAUCCUGCGUUGACUACUUGUCCUGGAAUCAAGGAGAGCCCAACAACAAAGAUAACAAAGAGUACUGUGUCCACCUCUGGACCCCGACAGGUUACAAGAACUGGAACGAUACGCCCUGUGACACCGCCUAUCCUUUCAUCUGCCAGUGCAGAUUCUAGUGCAAAUGGCUCCUUUCCUUGCUCUGCAGUGAGCGAAGCGCCUGGCGAAGUCUGGGGAAGCG